UUGAGUCCUUCCAAUUCCUGACUCCAAUCAUUUAUGAUAUAUGAUACAUAUCCCAAUGGCGCCAUACGCGUGAAAGCGGUCGGAACAUACACCAGUACACUAGCGCGUUCGCCUUAUUCCACCCGUUUGGCUCUCGCAGGUCUCUAGACAGUGGCUGCACUUGAGCACCUUAGUUCCAACAUUCUUACUUCUUAGUUAUAACUUAUAUGCCGUCUUGCUCUAUUUUCGGCCUUGGUCGAGCUCCUAUGUCCGUGCUGACCCAAGCUGUUUCGUCGCUUCUAGCAAACCGCAAACAUAAUGGUGUGCGAUCAUUACAAUUGUGUAACUCAGUUCUCCAACCGCAUUGGCCUGCUUUCCUGUCCUUCAAGUUAUACUUUGCGAGAGUUUGCUGUCAAAACUCCCAAUCUAUCUGAAUGUGGUGCGGGAAGUCAACGUUUCUUUCCUGGAGAUGGCCUCGCCCGGAUCGAGUUCCCGUCACUCGCGCAACCGAUCAAGAUUCGUUGAGGAGUUUGGCGAUGCGGUACCUCCCGCCGAAAAUGACGGUACCUGGAUGCCUUCUCCGCGACGUACUUUAAUCGACAGCAGAAGAGUCUCCAUGUCUUCACCAGACAUUGGAGGGAACGGCUGUGCGAAGCUGAAAAGCAGGGACAAAUCCAGCGCAGCGUAUAGUCAGCCAGCCUUAUCAUAUACGGAGCAAACGGCCGGUCUGGGAAUUGAAGGAACGGAGAACAUAUCUCCAGUAGAUACAUUCGCCAGGGAAGGACAACCCCGACCUAGCUUUUCUGCACAAUCUCCAGUCAGUCCGGUCAGGCCGGCUAGUCGACUCCAAACACCACGAAACAGCACGGAUCAAUUAACAGGAGUGCCCAUUGUAACGAGGCGAUCGACGAUGGAUACAGACCAUCAAUCAUUAUUACGGGCAUCGGAUGGGUUCAUGUCAAUCUCUGGCUCUCCAAACAUAACAUCCCCCGAUACCGAAAGAUCCAAUACAACUCCACCGUCUCCAGGGCCCGCCAGUCCUCUCUUAUUACCUCUAUCCUUUAAUCCUAAUGACGACACAUUCUCUGACAGGAGCAAGCAUGACUCGCAAAACAUGGAGUCAGGGCCGAAUCCCCACGACAGGUCGACCCCAAGCUGGCAUUUCAGCAUCCCUUACGAUGGAAGCGGCUAUCAAGUGCCACCCGACCAGGCAUUCGACGAUCACUCCAGAGGUGACAACAUCCAGAGCAUUGGCACAACCGGCUCAGCGAAUGAUGUCGACCGUAAAACCACCGAUUCUUCCCAGGCCAAAAGCCCAGGUGCCGUCCAAAGUUCUAGAUGGCUCUCAAUAACGAUCAUCGUCCUUUGCGUAAUCUCAACCAUCCUCUCCGCAAUGUACUUCAUCAUCGCAGCAAAGGGGCCGCGAUACGGAUGGAUACGGACCAAGGGAUCGUUGACAUUCUCCAGUGCGUCCAUCAUCACUACUUUAUUUGCGAAAUUGAUUGAGCUGUCGUUCGUCGCAAUUUUCGUGACUUUCCUUGGGCAAGUGUUAAGCCGCAGGGCGUUUAGUCGUGGGGGUAAAGGGGUUAGUUUGGCUGAGAUCGGAAUGAGGGGCUGGAUACUGCAGCCUGGGACAAUGAUUACCCAUCCAAAGACCGUGCGAUACGCCGGAUGGUCCAUCUUGGGGGUACUAAGUCUGGUUGCAGCACUCUUGAGCACAUUCUAUACCACUGCCGCGAACGCUCUAGUUGCACCUCAACUUAAGUUUUCGGACUGGGAGUCCAAGGUGAUGAAAGGUGCGAUUCGGACCUCGUUCGGAAAUGCACACUAUCUAGCACAGACCUGCGAAUCCCCACCGGCUAUUCGAUUGACGAGCGGAAAAGACGAAGACGUGGAGGCUAACACUUGCAUGGAAAUAUCGUAUGCCUCUCAGUGCUACCAUAAUUUCAUCACGUAUCUUUCCGAAUGGUCACAUUUUUCAGCCACAGGCGUCGGCAGGGUGGACCAGGGGAAGCGGCCAACGGGAGUUGGAUCUCUCUACGAGGACACCACCAUAAAGGCUCAAUGGAUCGAUAACCGUAACCUCACAUCCGAUAGCGAGGCCUUUGGUCGCGUUUUGAACAAUGUGAGCCUGGCAUUCCCUCAUGUCGGAGUAGUUCAAUCCGCGCGAGACCAAGUCAAUCAGAUUCUACAACCGGAGGAUCUUGAUGGAAUAGGGUCGUAUUUUCUGCAAGCCUCGGUCCUGUCUCCCGUCAUUAAUGUUCUUUGCGCGAAUAUGAAAGAGCGCGAGCUGGAGCCAAUCGUAUAUGAGGCCUGGCCGAAUGCGAAUAUAUCGGGUCUUGCUCAAGGUUGGCAUGAAUCCAAACUGGCCAAUAUCACAGACUGGCCUCAGAUUAAUCGGACGGUUGUGGACGAAGUGUUCGGGUGGGGCCCUGAGAAUGGCCAGUAUCCUCCAAUUUUCCCAAAAUAUCCAGAAGAUUACAACACUGUUCUGAAUAACACCUUCCGUUACGGGCGUGACUCGAUCUAUUUGCUGGGACGAGGCUCUCCAUCGUUCGCGACGAACCAGUCUUACGUCCUUUGUCAGUUGCGUACUUAUCAGACUGCUAAAUGCAGCACUACCUUCUCUGCUGCUUCCAGUGGCACCAAAUUGGAGGCCGAAUGUGCGGAUGAUAAUGAGCGUGCCUAUAAGCACUUCAACCCCCUUUUCCCGGCCGGUAACGCAACGGCCAGUAAAGAUUGGCCGUGGGUUGCUUCAGGGAUCGGAAGCGCUUUAGCUCUGAAUGCAGGUAUUUCGGAUGCGAACGCCGCAACCGCUCGGCUCCUGAUGCAACUCGCGAUGUCUGAUUCCAUGACUACACUUGAUCCCGCUCGACCGAGCCUCGCUGAAUCCUUGGCUGUACUCACUGGCGCAAGCGUAUUGAUGGGUGCUAAAGAUACCCCGUUUCACCCUGGCUUUGAAUAUACCCUUCCCCCGGACCUACACAACAUCCUGCCGUCACCCAUAUACCAGGAGUUCAUGGCCUUGAUUCGAUCCCAGCAAUACGCCUCCGGUGGAACGCUUUCGGGCCAGCAAGCAUUCCAUGUCGUCCUCCUGCUGGUCUUUCUUUCAAACUUCACCAUUCUCAUCUACUUCCUCUUCCACCGUGGCCGCCUGAUAAAAGAUUUCUUCGAUCCGACGAACCUCUUCGCCGUUGCUGUAAACUCACAACCGCCCAAGACGAUGAGUGGUACCAGUGGUGACGGACCGAGUGGGGAGCAGAUGAGGGCGCCUUGGUACAUUAGCGAAGAAGAGAAGCAUUGGUAUGCCAUUUCGGACGAACCAAAGGACGCGAAGCAUGCAUGGAGUGAUGAACUUCAGGGGCGGGAACUUGAAAACGGUACUAAUAAACGUAGAUGGCAAGUGCCAAGCAGCAAAAGCUUAAAAUGAAAAGCACGCCGUUGGAUGACAUUUUCCGCAGUGUUGGUAUGGUUGAGGCGCUGCCGUCGUUGAGUCGGCGUAAGCCGUAACUAAUAUUAAUAAUAAUUGCCAGUCAUGGACAUUUUCCCCUUAGUUUUGAGCACUUACCCGU